CUCUCGCUCAUUUCCAACCCGACCGUUGUGGACAACGCGUGUCGUCUACGCGUGUUUGUCGCUCGCGCAGUCUUUCCGUUCGUUCGUUUGUCGAUCGCGUGUUUAAAAAAGAAUCAAGAAAUAAUCCUUCAUCCCGUGUACGUACGGUAUGUGGCCAUCUGGAGCAAAGUUGGAAAGAAGAACGUUCGGUUGAGUGAGUCGCUGAUAAGGAAAGAGCCAAGAACCUGCGGCCGAUCGGUCUAGCAGCAUCGUUGCACGGUUUCGUUCCGUUGUGUGCCGGGUGUUCGAAGCCAAUCAAACCCUAUCUAAGCGAGUGUGUGUGUUUUCGUGUGAGUGGUUCUUGUGCUAGUAUACUGAUAAGAGGAAUUUAUAAUAAUUGACUAGCACGUCGUCGGGUAGUUUCCGGGCAAACCAUUGGGCCUUGGAACAACCAACAUUGUGUGAGGAUGCGGUAUCGAUCGAUCGAUCGAUUGAUCAGUGGUGCCGCUACUGUCCGGUCAUUUCUAUGAUUUUCUCAUUUCCUUCCGUUGUUGUAGUUGUCGGGAAGGCGAGGAGGGUAGUGCUCCCGAUAAACUUGUUGCCGGGUCCGUUUGGUUUGAUCAAGUGCGUCGUGCCAAAGUGCGUGCUGACGCACGAUGUAUACAAUGGCGUCCGGCACCCCCCGCCCGCUAACCUAGUGUACACCGCUACCGGUUGUUUACAUUUGGAUGGAAUUUAAUUAAAUCCCAAGAGCAGCGUUGAUGGUGACCGGUCGCAGACAGUUGUCGCGCAGUAGACGACGAUGGGGUGUGUCCGUUUGCUUAUUACCAGAAACACGCGCAACCUAUAAACGAAAAAUCCAAUUUGCUGGCCUAAUUAGUUUCGACUUCGACAGCCAGGGCUGCUCAGGGCUGAAACUAUAGCCGUCGAUCGUAGAAGGCCUGAUAACGCUAAACAACGUGUGGCCCCGAACAGGCCACGGUACGCGUGUUUCUAGAGCAAAGUGUAGUGUUGUUUUAUGGCCCCCGGGAGCCGGUUCCCUAGUGUAAAGUGCGUGUCUAGAAUAUAAGUGCGUAUGUGUGUCAGUGUGUAUGUGUGUGUGUGUGUGAACCGGCAUCGUGACCGGAAGUUGCGUAGCGAAGUUGAAGGCUGAGAAGCAGCCGCGCAGUAGUGCGUAAUAAAGAAUAGAAAGAGCGAGAAGAAAAAGCAUAAAAGCGAUAAUAAUAAUAAUAUUAAUAAUCCAGUGUAGGUCCGUCCGGUGGAGUGCUAUUCGGUGCGCGAGCGCGAGCGUUCGUUCCGAUGAAUGAUAAUUUCCGCGUGUCCGCGGUGUGCGCCAACGACGACCAAGGAUUGGGAAUCGGUGCUCUGGGCGAGACGCGAUCGCGAUCAACCGCUUGAGAAUACGAUGCUCGACCCGUUCCCUUGAACAACGGCCAACAACGAACCUAAUGUCCGAUUCACAUGUGUGGUCAGAACGAUGCCCAUAAACAUGACAACGGGUGCGACGGCACCGGAUGGCGCCAUCUGUGGUGCUGGUGGGGCUGGUGGUAAUAGUGCGGUAGCUAGCGCUACUGCCGAUGGUUUGCGGAAAUCGCUUACGGCGGCCGGUUCCGCCGGAUAUGCCGGUGCGUCCGCUAGCCCGAACGCGGUACGGAAUGGGCGCCCCGGCAGCGGCCUGAGUCUCAGUGUUCUAGAUUUGGCAGCGAUUCGGAAGAUACUGGAGAACGAAACGGGAGGCGCCCUCUGCCCGAGCUGUCAGAUGCCGUUCGAUAAGGGCAAGAAGAGGAAGCUGAUCGAUGCCUGCGGCCACGAGCGGUGCUACUCGUGCAUGUUCCGCAACGAGGCCUGUCCACACUGUCUGGCGCAGAGCGGCGGCCGUGGUGGCAUGGCACCACCACACCAGCUACAGCAGACCGACGGUCAGCAGCAGGUUCGGCGCACCGGGAUGCAUCAGGCGGACAUUGAUAACGAUUUGCUGUCCUCGAACGGUGCCAUCUAUCAACCGCUGAGCCGUAAGCUGCAGAGCGCCGGUAGCAGUAGCUACGGUAGCAGCAGCCACCUAAUGUCACCGUUGGGAUCACCGCAGCCCCAGAAUCGCUCCCAGAUGCGAACGAAUGGACACUUUGCGUCGAUCUAUCAGAAUCCCUCCGACGUGCUAUCGACGGACCGGUACAAGCUGAAGGAUCGUCCACCGAAAUGUCCCUCGGGAAAGGUGGAACCGCAUUACGCGAGCAUCACCACCACCGCCACCACGAUCGGCAACGGCACGAAGGGAGGUAGUGGAGGCGGCCCCCGUUCGGUGGCCCUUAACGGUAGCGAAAUCACAUCGAGCAGUUGCGCGACGCCACCGCAGAACCGUCGCCGGCUGUUCAGCCCGAAGAAUCUCCGCAGCCCGUUCGGCCAUCGGCGUACCGCCGCCAACGGUCACACCGACACUUCCACACUCUCAGAUGACGAAGGUGGCAACGUGAAGCCGCUGAUGCUGAACGGUAAAUCGAAAUCCUCGCAGGAUGAGCUGCAGGUCCGGUUGGGUUUCUUCCUGGAGAACAAUUCGCGGCGCAAUCUGCGCGCCCCAGCCAAUCAAUCCUGCAGCUCGCUUACGUCGGCCAACACGAGCCCGGUUUCGACGCUUACCGGUUCAUCCGAGGCGGACGUAUCGCGGGUGUUAACGAUGCAGGAGGCGACCAACCACCACCACCACCACUACCACACCGGCUGCGAAUCGAUCGGUUCGAUGAUGUCGGUUUCGAUCUCGGAGCAGAGCAAUGCCUCCUCCAGUCCGGUCAGCCGGCGCCAUUCGGUUACCACUUCACAGAGCGGCAGUAAUGUGGAUGAGCUGCUGGCAUUCAAGAGCCGCCGUACGACGGUGCGAAGAUCGGCCCGUUCGGGCCAGAUUAAGGGACCGAUCGAUCCGAAGAUCCGCUUCGCCCAGUACCGCCAGCAGCAGCAGCUAACGCUGAAGCCACUGUUCUUCGAGGUGCCAACGCAGGAACCGGACCCACUGUUCAUCGGGCGGCACUGGUUGGUGCGCGAGCUGGCGACCGCCGUCCAAUCGACCGACUCACCGGGCGUACUGCUGAGCGGUAAUCUCGGUACCGGCAAGACCGCCCUACUGCUGCAGCUCGUCGAGUACUCGUGCUUUGGGCGACGGAAGGAGAUGCCGAUCGCGGAAAGUGAUGGCAUCUACUGUCAGAUCAAUGUGGCGCACGACCGGUUACGCAGUCUGGCGUCGCACGUCGUCGCGUACCAUUUCUGCCAGGCGGACAACAACUCGACCUGCCUGAUACCGGACUUUGUGCACUCGCUGGCCGCCCAACUGUGCCAGGCGCCCCAGCUGGCCGCCUACCACGAGUUCCUGCUCGGUGAGCACGCGCUGCAGCACGUACUGAGCGUGAAGGAGUGCAUUGCCGAUCCGGAGCGUGCGAUGGUGAUGGGUAUCCUGGAGCCGUUGGCCACGCUCCGGCGGGUAGGCAAGAUCUCGGCCAAAAAUUGCGUCAUCCUGGUCGAUGCACUGUGCGAGGCCGAGUACCAUCGGCCGGACCAUGGCGAUACGAUCGCAUCGUUCCUGCAGCGCAUGACCGAACACUUCCCGUCCUGGCUGAAGGUAAUAGCGACCAUCCGGACGCAGAUGCUCGAGUUCACCAAGGGGCUACCGUACACGAAGAUGAGCCUCGACGCGUGGACCAGCAACGAGUCGCUGCAGAAGGACAUCCUCGAGUACAUCACGUUCCGGAUCAAUCAGAGCCAGAGCAUCCAGCAUAAUGUGGCGGGUGGACGGGAGAUCGUCAACACGAGCGCACACUUUAAGUUCGCCCAGCAUCUGCUGGGGCUGACCAAGGGUUCCUUUCUGUUCGCGAAGCUAACGCUCGAUCUGAUCGAGCGCGGCAAUCUGGUGAUUAAAUCGAGCAGCUUCAAGGUACUGCCCGUUUCGUUGGCCCAAAUCUUUCUGCUCAACUUUAACCUGCGCUUUCCGACCGCGACCGCUUACGAGCGCAUCUCGAACAUACUGGCCGUCUGUCUGGCCGCCCUUUACCCGCUCACGCUUACCGAGAUCUUCUACUCGCUGAAUGCACUGAUCGCGAGCGAGUCAACGGUUGGUGAUGGUGGCGAACAGCAGCAGCGGUUAGCUGCGGACGGCGAUCGGACCGAACCGAGCGAGUCGAGCUCGAUCGAUUGGGAGGAGUUCCUGUGCCGUUUCAAGACACUGACCGGCUUUCUGGUGAAGCGGAUCGACAACACGUACAUGUUCUUCCAUCCCUCGUUCAGGGAGUGGUUGCUACGCCGUGACGACGGCGAAAGUACCAAGUUCCUGUGCGAUCUGCGUAACGGGCAUGCCGGGAUCGCGUUGCGGCUGUCGCGCCUUCAGGCACCGCUCGACCCUGACCAGGCGCUCGAGCUUGGUCAUCACAUUCUGAAGGCGCAUCUGUAUCGUAGUGCACCGGCCCAUCAUUCACCGCGCGAUUUGCAGGCCUACUGGGUUGCCUCGGUAACGAGCUGCGUCUCGUCGGCGCUCUCUACGCUGCGCAACGUGUACAGCCCUAACAUUAAGGUGUCCCGGUUGCUGCUGCUAGCCGGUGCGUCACCCGAUCAUGUGACACCGUUCCUUGGCAGUGCCCCGAUCCUGUGCAUCGCGUCCCACGAAGGUAUUCUGCCGAUGGUGAACCUGUUGCUCGAGUUCGGUGCAAGCGUAGAGCAGACGAACAGUCAGGGUUGCACCCCGCUCAUACUGGCCGCCUCGAAGGGUCACUGUGAUGUUGUGCGGCAGCUGGUGGCGGCCGGUAGCUGCCUUGGACAGACGGAUACGUCACAGCGGUGCGCACUGGUGCACGCCGCCGUCGCUGGCCGGCUAAAGGUGGUCAAGUAUCUGGUCGCAUGCGAUUGGUUGCCACGGACCGAGGGUGGAAAUGGGGCGACGGACGUAAGCCUCGAGCAGGCCGCCCAGCAGGCCCUGAUAGCGGCGGCCGGCCAGGGCAACACGGAGAUUAUGGAGGACUUUCUCGAUAUGGGCGAGGUGCAGGUGAACCGGUUGGAUGUGAUCACGGGCGAAACGGCACUGACGACGGCCUGUGCCAACGGGCACACGGAGACGAUCGCCAUCCUGUUGAGCCGUGGUGCUUCGACCGAGGUACGCAACCGGAAGGAGAUGGCACCGUUACUGAUCGCCGUCAAGGAGGGUCACUGGGCGAUCGUCGAGCGGUUGCUGCAGCACCAGGCGAGUGAUGUCGAGCUGCGGGAAGCGAACGGCAAGACGGCACUUAUGGUAGCCGCCGAAGAGGGCCACGUUGGCAUCAUCGAGCUGUUACUCAAUCGUGGAGCCUCGCUGAUCGCACAGGACAAGGACGGACUGACGGCGCUGAGUUGGGCCUGUCUGCGUGGCAAGCAGCAGGCGGCCAAGUGUCUGCUCGAGCGAGGUGCCGACAAGCAGCAUGCGGACAGUACCGGGCGUACACCGCUCGAUCUGGCCGCGUACCAAGGAUCGGCAUCGCUCGUCCAGAUGCUACUCGAUCAUGGGGCGGCGAUUGAACACGUCGAUAUCAAUGGUAUGCGGCCCCUGGACCGUGCCAUCGCCUGCCGGAACGUCCAGGUUGUGCAGGUGUUUCUGAAGCGGGGCGCUAAACUGGGACCUGCUACCUGGGCCAUGGCAAACGGAAAACCGGAGAUCAUGUUGAUCCUGCUCAAUAAGCUGCUCGAGGAUGGCAACACGCUGUACAGGAAAAACCGACUUCAGGAAGCCUCACAUCGGUACCAGUACGCCCUGAAGAAAAUCCCGGCGGUGGUCACGGUGGCGAAUGAGUCGGUGACCGCCCUGAUGACGGCAGCAAUAGAUCCACUGACCGGUGGUACCGUGGUGGCCGACAGCAAUAACAACAACACUUCCACAAGCACUAGUGCCGCUAGCAACGCUACCUUCCAGCAGCUGCGGUUUAAUUUCUUGCUCAAUCUCUCUCGCUGCAAGCGAAAAAUGAAUGAUGUAGCAGAGGCGAUCGAUCUUGCCCGGCAAGCGAUCGAGAUUAAACCGAACGCCUACGAUGGGUACUAUGCGCGCUCAAAGGCCCUGAUGGAGCACGGGAAUUACGGGGAGGCGCUGCGCGAUGCUUCGACCGCGCUGGCACGGGCUCAGCAGACUUCACCCGAGAUCCGCGAAACGUUGACGCGGCUGCAUAGCGAUCUACAGAAGCGCCAGAUGCAGGUGUUUGCCGAUACGGCCAACUCGGCCCUGGCCAGCGUCGGUCUGGUGGCGAACGCCAUGGAGAACGUGCGAACGGUGGCCGGUCCUACCAGCCGCUCCAUUGCCGAGUCGAUGGACAUCAUUACCGAUCUGUAGUAGCAGUAACAUACAUUGAUCGCGAGCAGGAGUAGCAGUGGCGCAGAUCGCGUUAAUUCAUUCCAGAUUAAUCUUCUGGUCAACCGUUGGUCAUUGGCGCCCCUAGAAUACGCCAGUGCGCGAGCGUGUGUGUGUGUGUGUGUGUGCGUGUGUAUAGACAGUUCCGGUAUACGAGUGUGAACAGUUCCGGUGUAGUAAUUCGAACGAAAAGAGCGUACAAAUCGCUUUUAGUUGUAAGUCAUAAGGGUCCACCCCCCCUCCCCUCCCUUGGUUGGGUGGCCGUUGCAGCUCUAGGUAUCUCUUCUGAAGAGGUUAUUACUCCCUUCUUUUCGAAAAAAAAACGAAAUUAAAAUCUUUCCGCACAAAACGAAUGCAAUCCCGAAGAUAAUUUAAUUUAAUUUAAACAUUUUCUACAAAUUCC